AUGAUCGUGGCUCGCUGGGCAGCGCAUUACACUUCACUCGCUGUGUUCACUGUUGGCAUAUUUUUACUUUACGGAUGGGCGUUGAUUAUCGAUUUAUUUCAAAGUGUGUUUUUAACUGACAAAACUACCAAACAUGUCACACCAAAAGAAACCAAAAUCGAAAACGCUAAAACAGAAAACGAGGAAAAUAUUCGACUUUUAGUUUUACAGCAAGCUAACACAAAACUGACGGAACUAAAAGCGAACACAGAUCUACAAAACUCUAUCCUCGACAAAAACAAAUCCGCUUUAGUGGAUGCGACUAACCUCGCUAAAACGGAAAAAGAAGUUAAGAGCAAACUUUUGGAUGCAACGCAAACCGAGUUGACGAGCUUGAAAGCGCACUUGAACAAUCAAAAAUCCAGUAUCGAACUCGAAAAAUCUGCUUUGACGGAUGCAGUUAAAGCUGCUCAAACGGAAACGGAAGACAAGAAUCGACUUUGGGAACAGGCAAACACCGAAUUGAUGAACCAGAAAGCGCAAUAUGAUCAGUUAAAAUCCAACUUCGAUGAAGAAAAAUCAGCUUUAGUGGAUGAGAUUAACCUCGCUAAAACGGAAAAAGAAAAAAAUAGCAAACUUUUGGAUGCAACGCAAACUCAGUUGAUGAGCUUAGAAGACAAGAAUCGACUUUUGGAACAGGCAAAAACUGAAUUGAUGAACCAGAAAGUGCAAUAUGAUCAGCUAAAAUCCAACUUCGAUGAAGAAAAAUCAGCUUUAGUGGAUGAGAUUAACCUCGCUAAAACGGAAAAAGAAAAAAAUAGCAAACUUUUGGAUGAAACGCAAACUCAGUUGAUGAGCUUAAAAGCGCACUUCAAUAAUCAAAAAUCCACUAUCGAACUCGAAAAAUCUGCAUUGACGGAUGCAGUUAAAGCUGCUCAAACGGAAACGGAAGACAAGAAUCGACUUUUGGAACAGGCAAACACCGAAUUGAUGAACCAGAAAGCGCAAUAUGAUCAGCUCAAAUCCAACUUCGAUGAAGAAAAAUCAGCUUUAGUGGAUGAGAUUAACCUCGCUAAAACGGAAAAAGAAGUUAAAAGCAAACUUUUGGAUGCAACGCAAACCGAGUUGACGAGCUUAAAAGCGCACUUCGAUAAUCAAAAAUCCACUAUCGAACUCGAAAAAUCUGCAUUGACGGAUGCAGUUAAAGCUGCUCAAACGGAAACGGAAGAGAAGAAUCGACUUUUGGAACAGGCAAACACCGAAUUGAUGAACCAGAAAGCGCAAUAUGAUCAGCUAAAAUCCAACUUCGAUGAAGAAAAAGAAAAAAAUAGCAAACUUUUGGAUAAAACGCAAACCGAGUUCACGAGCUUAAAAGCGCACUUCAAUAAUCAAAAAUCCACUCUCGAACUCGAAAAAUCUGCAUUGACGGAUGCAGUUAAAGCUGCUCAAACGGAAACGGAAGAGAAGAAUCGACUUUUGGAACAGGCAAAAACUGAAUUGAUGAACCAGAAAGUGCAAUAUGAUCAGCUAAAAUCCAACUUCGAUGAAGAAAAAUCAGCUUUAGUGGAUGAGAUUAACCUCGCUAAAACGGAAAAAGAAAAAAAUAGCAAACUUUUGGAUGAAACGCAAACUCAGUUGAUGAGCUUAAAAGCGCACUUCAAUAAUCAAAAAUCCACUCUCGAACUCGAAAAAUCUGCAUUGAUGGAUGCAGUUAAAGCUGCUCAAACGGAAACGGAAGACAAGAAUCGACUUUUGGAACAGAAAAAUCCGCUUUAG